AUGUACCACUUCUACUGUUUAAUACUGUACGCUUGGAGAUGGGACUCGGCUGUCUCGGCAUAUGUCAAUGCAGCUGUUAAGACUAAAGGGGCGGGCGGAUGUAUCCUGCUCACUGGAGGCGGUGCAGGUGCUGCUCGAUGCGGAGAGGCAAUCGGUGUCACUGCAGACGGCUGGCCUACCGGUCCUCCUUGCUCAGCUCCUUCGUCGGAUUCCCAGAUUAAGUCUGCCUUUGAGAAGAUUCGUAAAUCUUUCAAGAAGAAGCCGUUUGAAUGCCAUGUGGUCCCCAAGUAUUAUGCCAUUGAAAACAGCUUAGAGGACAAAGAUGAAAAGCUGGUCGCCUUGAGGGGACAUAUUGAGAAAGUAGCGAUGGAAGAGCCUUACAUGGGAGAAGAGAUUCCACACAGAUGGCUCUUAUUUGAGAAAGCUAUAGCUGCAGAAGAAAUCAAUCACAUGUCAUUAGCUCAGACCAAGGAACUGACGGAGCCAUUCGGGAUUGAACCUGAGCGUGAACUUCUCACGAUGCUGACCUUCUACCACGACCUGGGUUAUGUAGUCUACUACGGAGGCAAUGAAGACCUGCAGUCUCUCCUACGAGACACAGUGAUCCUGAAUCCUCAGUGGCUUAUUGAUGUCUUCAAGAAGGUCAUUACCAUUCUCGAUCCCGAUGAGAGGGAUGGGAAUAUGAGUGAUGCCUGGACUACUCUUGAGGAGGAUGGUAUCUUAGAGGAUAAGUUGAUUCAGCAUAUGUGGCGACAAUUUUCGGAGCAGAAGGAGUUCUUAAUCGAGCUCAUGGCCAAGUUUGAUCUCGUCUGUGAGGCUCCCGUACAACAACUCCAGCAAGAGCAACAGGAUGGCGUAGACACUGAGGUAUCAAAUGAAACGGAGAAAGUGGUAAAGAAGCGCUACUAUGUUCCCUCCAGGAUUACGUCACAUUGCUCUCAAGAAGAGAUUGGAGAGAUCAAAGGUUCUUUAGACUGUUAUGUGGACUUCGGAGGCUUUUUACCAGAUGGGCUGUUUCAUCGGUUGAUGGCGAGAGCAGUCAGAUGGAUGGGUGAAAGAGAUGGAGAACCAGUCAAUCUUUUCUAUCGUCACAUCAGUCUAAUGGUUGAUGAAGAGCAUCAUGCCUUACUACAGAUGUCAACCCCUUGUGAAGCAACUAUCAAGGUCACUGUAUUCCGAGGAGCAGUUGCUGAUUCUGAUCAUGAUGGGGAUAGUCGUAAACCUCCAGCCCCAAGUGCUGUCAAAAAGGUAAUGGACUUUGUAAAGAGAACCCUUGAAAGCCUUAGGCAGCACUGGGCUGAAAGAAUCAAAUAUGAUUUCUGCUUUCUGUGCCCAAAGUGCAGUAAGAAGAAGUCGUUCCAAAACUGCUUGAAGCGAAAAUCACUCCAGUGUGGACUACAUAGUAUCCCUACGGCUGCAGUGAAGUCAAAGUUUGGUAUGAGUGAGGAAGGAGUGGAGUCCUGGAACGAGAGUCCAAUGAUGUGUAGAAGAUCAAGUAAGUAUCUAAUCACUUCAUCCACUCUAUCUCAUCAUUUUUGUUUUGAAUCAUGUAAUGUUGUAAGGAGAAGGAUUUGA